AUGCUGGACACGUUCAGGGAAUUAAACGAUUAUAGCAACUUUUUGCCGAAAAAAAUUAAGGAAAAUGUGAAUAAAGAAAAAUACCAAAUUUUGCACGAAAUUAAAAAGAUCGUUACUGUUAAAAAAAACAAUUCGUACAACAUUACCCUAGUAAUAAAGUUGUGCAACACAUAUGAAACUAUCAAUACAACGAAGCACAAAUCCUUUCAUUUCUACAUUUUUAUGAUAAAAUAUUUAUGGUAUUCUUUGCAAAAUAAGAACAUCAGUCCAAACUUAAAAUCGUACAUUUGCCAAAACAUAUCAAAUAUCCUAGAUAAUAUCAAAAGUCACAUUUUGGACGAUUACUUUUUUGAAUAUGAUAGAGAACUGAUAUUGAAAAAUGAAGAGGUCAGUAGUAUUAGCAAUGUUGAUAUACUAAGCGAUGUUCCAUAUGAUGAUGGAAAUAGUAGUGAUAUAACGAAUAACUCCUAUGCAGAUAUUAGUGAUCAUUAUUAUGAUGAAUAUAAAUGUACAAAUGAGGAACGAAGUGAUGUUGAUAGUACUACUAUAAAUGAAAAUAAAUUACACAUAUCUGGAGAUCAAUACUAUAUAUCAGUUAAUGGAAUAUACGAUAAGGUGGAAGAGAACAAUGAUCCAUUUCUUAAUGAAGAAAUUAUAAUUAAUGGAAAGAAUGAAAGUUUUCGAUUAUACAUUCAAAAGCGUAUAUUUAAUAUUAUUGAUUAUAAAUAUUUGUUUAAUUUAUUUUAUGAUUAUGUUAGUAAUAAUACGAGAAAACAAGGUGAAUAUAGUCAUAAUGCAUACAAAAAUUUCAUUACAUCAGUUAUCAAUUUGUUAGCAAUGCUUAGGCCCUUUUGUUAUUACAACAUUGAUGUACAUAAUUUAUUAUUCGAUUUCUCUUUAAAUAAUAUGUUUUCCAUAAAAUAUGAAGAAUAUAUAGACAAGAGGGAGGAUUAUUUUAUAAAGCCAUUCAGUCUUUUGUAUAGCAAUAAAGAUAAUGGUGAAAACAACAAUAAUGGCAAUGAUAAGGAUAAUGAAUCUUCUCCUUUUUGCAUAAAUAAAGAACUAAACAAGAGGGCCCCACCUGGAAUGACAACAGAAGGUGGUAGUUGCGAAAAGAGUAAAUCAGAUGAUGGUACAGACACACGCAUGGGAAAUAUGAGAAAUUUUGACGAAAGUGUUAUGCAACAUAUAGACUUAUCCAUAUAUCCUAUUGAGAAGCUAGAAUUGUGCACAAGAUAUAAUACUGUAUUUUUAAAUUUUUUAAUGUUAAGUCAGCUAGGUUCAGAUGAUUUAUGCUUUAAGUUAAUAAAAUAUGAAAAAGUUCUUUACUUGUAUAAAAAGUUAAAAAGGUACAAUUGGCAUAGUAUCAACUAUGCAUUUGUUAGAAUUGUGUAUAAAGGAUUAAAAUAUGCAUAUAUGUAUAAUAUAAAUUUGCAGAAACAGAUGAAAGAGAUACUAAGUCUUCUCUUUUUUUUGUUCAUAUAUUAUAUAAAAUUACCUUGUAAUGCUCAACUGAAUUCUGCCAAAAAAUACAUCCCUGAGGAUUACAAUUUAUUAAUUAACGACGAUGACAGUGUUGUGAAAACGAUUUCGAAAACGUUCGUUUUUUUACUGAAUAAAAUGUAUCGAAAGGAGAGCGAAUAUCCAACGGAAGAAAAAAGUAGGGAAAAGGAAAAACAAAAAAAAGAGGAAUUAUUGCAACAGUUUCUUGCCAUUUUAAAUGACAAAAAUUUUAAUUUAAGCAACUUUGAUGAAGUAGAAAUUGAAGAAAACCAAGUCGAUUCUGAAGGAGGAGAGAAAAAAAUAUAUAUAUCAUCCCUCUUUCAAAACCUAGACACACACGAAUUUUUUAACAUUAUUACUUGUCUCUUUAUGCCACACAUACAUCCGUCCAGCGUGGGGAAGCAUUUAGGGAAUAUUAGUUUGUUUAUAAACACUUUUCUCUUUUGUUUUAUUAGAAAGUUUAAGAGAGAAUGCAUGUACAUGAAACGGAUGAACGGGAGGAAGCAGUGGGGAAACGGAUGCAGUGGAGGAGGUAUAAGUAGUGAAAAUCUCAGUGGAGGAGAUAUAAGUAGUGAAAAUCUCAGUGGAGGAGAUAUAAGUAGUGAAAAUCUCAGUGGAGGAGAUAUAAGUAGUGAAAAUCUCAGUGGAGGAGAUAUAAGUAGUGAAAAUCUCAGUGGAGGAGGUAUAAGUAGAGAAAAUCUCAGUGGAGGAAACAUAAGCACAGGAAGAAAAUGUAAUCACCAUGAACAGCAAGGAGUGAAUACAAAAAUGAAUGACUACAUAACGAAUUACUUUAUCUCAGAGGAAGACAAAAAAUUCGUUAUCGAAAAGUUUACGCAAUUAGCGAUGCAAGGAAUGUUCCCCAAAAGCAGCAAAGGCGUUAGCCUCUUCGAAAAUAUUUUAAAGCACAUAUGCGUGGUUGAUAUAAAUUGCUUAGAUAUUUUUGUUAAGAAAAUUAUGGAAUGCCUUAUUAAUGUGAAUAUAUCGACGCAAAUUUGUAACUGCCUUUUGUCUCUAUGUCUAAUAUUACCAUUGUUGAUCAGAUACAAGGCAAAUCACUUAAAAGAUUUACUACCCGUUAUGAACAUGGGUAUUGAUAUAUGUGAUGUGUAUAAAAGUUUCACGAUAUUUUCUUUUUUAAGUAUCCUAUUUUCAUACAUUUGUAUUGUAAAAAUUGAUAGCGUGAUAAGCGAAUCCGAUAUGCAAAUGACCAUAAGAGAAUAUAAACAAUUUAUGAACAUAGAAGGAAACCAAUUAUACACAUUGAAUUCACUGAAUGAUGAACAAAUCGAAGAAGUUAUGAAAGAGCGGAAGGAACUAGUUGACUAUCUUUGCUAUUGGAUUCAUGAAUUUUUUGAUAAAAUCCUUUAUUUUAUGAAAUUUACAAAAAAUGAAAAAAGUAAAGACACAAAAAAAUUAAAUGGGGAAAAGAAAGAAAACAAAGUAGGAAAUGAUGUCUAUUCUGGAUUGAAGACGACAAUCAUAUCUUUGUUUAUUCAUUUAGACCACGAAAUUGUGUAUGAACUUUGUCAUAAAUUUUUAAAUAACAUAGAACAGGAAAACGCAAAAUCCUUAUCCAUAAUUCCGUAUGCUUUUGGUCUAGUGAAUAAUAAAAAAAUUUACGACACACUUUUUAACUCGUUUUACAGAAAGUUAAUCACAAAAAAGAAGAAAAAAAGAUUAGUUUCGGAAAGAACAAAUGCUGCAGAUGCUGGAUCUUCAUCGAGUGCUACUACUACCCCACACGAGGAAGAGGAAUAUUUCGUUUACACCAAAAAUGAGUAUGCAAAUGAAGAUACGGUGAAAUGCUAUUUACAGUUUUUAUCCAGCCUAAUUAGAAAAGCAAACGAUGAUUUUUUAAAUUUGGAAGAUUUAUAUAAAUUAAUUGAAAUAUACAUCAUUGAAGAUAACACUAGUACUUUUAAAUAUAUAUGCAAAAUUAUGUACAGAUUUUUAGAAAUGAACUUUAGCUUAUCUGUGAAGGAAUAUUCUUGUUUUAAGAUACAAGAAAAUAUGAAUACACGAGAAAAAAUUCGUACUCUUGCGGGAUGGGGUAUUCCAUGGUAUAUCUUGAAUAACACCAAAAAGGAGGGAAAUGAAACCAACCAGCAGAAAUUAGAUAAACAUAAGACAAGCAGUAAUAGUGGAAAUGUUGUUAAAGAGGAUACAAAUUGUGUUUUUAUGGAGAAGGAAUGUAUGGAAAAACGUUACAUAAGACAAGUAUUAAAUGCUGAAGAAUUAGUAAAAUGGAAAACUCCAUCACAAGAAAAUGUAAAAAUAGGGAAGAAUUUUACGUACUUUCUUUUAGAUUAUUUAAUAGAUCUACUAAUUCAGUGUGAUAUCCCAAUUUAUACUUCUAAUUUGUUAAAAUAUAUAGAAAAGAGAAAAUUAAGAGAAAAAAAAAUAAAUUGGAAAUUCCCGUUAAAUCAUUCUAAUAUGAUGUCUAGAACUUAUAAAUUAAUUAAAUGUAUUAUUAAACCACUUAGCUGUAUAUAUCCUGAUGAAAGAUAUAAUUAUAAUAAUCUUCUAACCAAAUGCCAUGUGGUGAAUACAAAAAUCUCCUUUUAUUUAUAUGUUUACAUGAGUGAAAUUAUUGUAACAUUAUCAUUACAUGUGCUAAAGAUACCAAAGCACAUUUUGAACAUGUAUGCAUAUACUCACUAUAACAGAAACGAUGAAAAAAAUGAACAUAGGGAAACCAUGAAUUCUGUAAAUAGUGAAAAUAGUGUUAAUGAUAUGCACACAAAACAGGUGAUAAUUGAUAUGAAUGAAGAGAAAAAAUUAAAAGAUGAUUUCUUCACAAAUGUCAUUAAUAAGAGAGAAAAGACCAUCAAAGCAGAUGCAAAGAUUCAAAGGAAAAUUGUUAAAUGUAUACACUUUUUACUUUUAAAAUGUAAUGAAAAUGCCAAUAUGACCAUAUAUAAUGAAUAUAUUAAUAGCGUACUUUCAUUUACAUACAAUAUGUAUCCAUAUAGCUAUAACUAUGAUAUUGUUAAAAGUCAAUACAUUAAUAAUAUAUUCUAUUUGUAUAAUGAAAGAUUAAAACAUAGGAAAAAAAAUUAUUCCUUCAAAGGUUAUCGUGAACAGUUGUGUAACAUUCUAUUUUUCAUAAACUUGUCCAUUUAUUCCCAAGUCCGAUCUUAUGCACAGAGCACAUUAAAACUUAUUCUUCCCACCUUUAAAAUUAUUAAAAUUCCAUAUCUCAAAAUUUGCUCAUUUUAUCUGAAGAAUUACAUUAAGCUGUAUAUAUCCAUACGAAAAGAGAAAAAUAAAGAUAAAAAUAAUAAUGCACAAAUGAUAGAAAAUUCCCAGGUUGGAGGAAUUACAAACAACUCAGAAUCUAAGAAUGGUAAUGAUAUGAUUCAAACUAGCCAUGAAAGCAUAAGCGAAGUGAUUAACGAAGGAAACAACGAGAAAAAUGAUAUCCUAAGUGAGAAUGGAAGUAUAAGUAAGAUGAGUAGUCUGAAAAAUUUCGGAGAACUUAACAAUCAUGACUAUUUCGAGAACAAAUGUUUAAGUUGCUUCAAUGGAAUACUCAUAAAUAUAACAAACAAUUCUGGGCUGGUAAAGAAAAUAAGUGGGGAUAUAUACCUAUUGAAAAAGUACAUCAAAAUUAUCAUAAAUAUUUUAAGAUUGGAAAUUCAGAAAGAUGAAAUAACUUUAAAGUGCAUGAAGUUAGUGUAUGCCAUUAUUAAUAAUAGAUUUGUAAAAAAUAGUGAAGUAGGAGUAUCAUCAUCUGGUGAAGAUAAAAGGAAAAAAAAAAGUAUGAAUGAAUUCUUUUUGUUUUUGAAAGGGGAAAGUGAAAAAAAAAAUAACGUCUACAUACAAGUCAUCAUCUUAUCAUUUCUGAUAUGUUAUGAUAAUUUUGUAAUAUUGAAUCAUAAUGAGUUUUACUUUAACUACUUGCUAGAAAAUUUAAGUAUAAAAAAAAACGUACAUGUGUAUAACUUAGCUUUUUAUGGAUUUAUCAAAUUUUUAAAAUAUUUCAGUAUGAAUAAAGACAAGGGUAUCAUACCAGCACAUAUAACAAAUGUAUUCAAAUGUAUAAAUGUGUAUAACAAAUUUGCAGAAGUUUGUAUAUACAAAAAUAUGAAGAGCAAGAAAAAAAGUAAUAGCAUAAAUGCCAUUAUCGUGAACUUGUCCAAAAUUCAAAAAUCCUUUAAUGGGUUUUCCCACAUUAGUGAAACACACGUGAAGGAUUUUUUCUACUACUAUGAGUUUUUCAAAUUUUUGGUUAAUAUGCAGAAUGAAUUUAACGAGAACCAAGGAGAAGUAGAUGCAACGGGAGUUGUAAGUUCAGAUGUGAAUCCAGUGGUGAAUACACUAGAAUCAGCGCAGAAGUCAGACAGGGAGAAGAACCCCGAUGAAGGGAAAGAUGUAGAACCUGUAAGUAGUGAACUGAGCGAUAAAUGCGACCAAGAGAAUAACAACAAUUUUAAAUUUAUUGGAAAAGUAAUUCAUAUAUUGAAGAACCUACAAAAAGACGUACAUGCCGAUAAUGAAUAUAAAUCUACUUUCAUAUCUCUAAUUUGCCCUUUGCUUUUUGCUUUGAGAAAAUUAAAAAAAAAGGGAGAAGCAGAUGCAAUUUUCGAAAAGGUCAUAUCAUUAUUAGUAAAAGAAAUAGCAGUUGUAAAUAUGGAAGUAUUCAACAUAUGGAUAUAUUAUUUUCAUUUGCUUUUUAUCAAUAUAAAAAAAAAGUACAUUCAUAUAUAUGACAAAUUAUUUAAAUUUUGUUUAUGUUUUAAUUUUCAAGAUACGUCGAAUUUAAUUUUUAAGAAAAAAACACAGUUAUUAAAUAUUAUGCUUAUAUACAGUAUUCAUAAAAAUAUUAACCUCUUGGACAAUAAUAUAAUGGAGUUUUUAAAAUUAAUAGAUAAUGAUAAUAUAACAGUUAGGCAAGUUGUUGGAGACCUUAUAGCUUACUUAUUAUAUGUACUACAUGAUAAUAGAUAUUAUUUUCAUUUGAAAUGUAUGUACAUGAAAAUAUUAUUAUAUUUAUACAAAACUUCAUGUGAUGUUAUUGAAUAUUUACAAGGCCAGGAAAUGUUGUCAAAACAGUCAAAAUUUAUAUACGCACUGGAAACCUUAGCAUAUAUCACCAUAACAAUUUUUUCAAUUAGAAGUAUGUAUGUGCUAAAUAAUAUAGGUAUUUUAUUUUUGAAGAUGUUUAUUUUGUCCUUUCAAUUGAUAGAUAAUUUUAUCAAUGGAAUGAUCAAUAAGGCCAUCAAUUGUUUCAUGUGUCCUUCAUUAUAUUUAUUUAAGUUUGAAAAAAUAUGUUAUGAGAAUUGGGAACAGGGAAUAUGUGAAAAAACUGGAUCAAGUGAACAAAUUGGGAAAGGGAAGACAAUCAUAAGUAGUGAUAUGAACCACAAUAUUGGAACGCCUGAAUUGAUCAGAAACUUUGAUUUACUAUUGAAGGAAAAUAUGGGAAACUUAUUUAUACGAAAAAUAAGUGAUUUAUUAAAUAAAAAUAAUUGGAAAAUUCGGAAUUGUGCGUUGCAAUUUUGUUUUUAUUUUCAUGCAUAUUACUGCGUAUUUUUUUACGAUCGAAAGGAAAAUACCUUCCUUCUAAAUGUAUUCAUAUCAUUACUAGUUGAUAAUUAUAUUGAGAUUCAAAAUUUAUCACGUGGUAUUUUAUCAUCUGUUCUCUGCUUUUAUGAUAGUCAAACAGUACAGCAAAUAUCUCGUUAUUUUUUAACCGUGGCAAAUCAAAAAAAUACUGUCCCAUUAGUAUCCCAUCCAAAUGCGAAUGAAGAAAUUAAUAAUGGCAACAAAAUUAUGGAAAGAAAAAAAACAGCUGCUAUAUAUGCCCUUAUCAGUGUUGUUAAUUCAUAUCCCAAUCAUGUACCUGAAUGGCUCCCAGACAUUUUGAUAAGUGUAGCUAAAAUGUCCAAUAACAAGGUGCAUAUCAUAAAAAAGGAAAUAGAAAAAUGUAUUCAGAACUUUUUGAGAACACAUAAAGACGAAUGGGAAUACAAAUAUAAGUUGGUUUUCACUGAAGAUCAGUUGAACACUUUGGACAUGUACAAGGGUGGAUUGAAUUAUUUCACGUGA